GUAGUUCUGGCGCACCUGCGAAGGUGAUACAGUUGUCAUGGCUGCUCAGGAGAGGCAGUGGUGGCGGUGGCUGUGUGGCGCUAGAGAGGUGGCGGGGGCCUUGGAGCAGUCCGAGGGCGCGGUGUGGAGGUGACAGAGGGCUGGCUGUGGGCAGCCGGCCGGGGUGGGGGACAAGCGCCGGGUUCCGUCCAAGCACUGUUGAAGCAGGAAACCGUGGCGACUCUGGGUGAAGAACGUCUCGAGAGAUCUUUAGCUUAUUCAGGUAGAGGAGCUUUAGGGAGCUUCAGGCAUGGUGGCUCAAUCCUGUAAUCCCAGCACUUUGGGAGGCCAAGGAGGGUGGGUUACCUGAGGUCAAGAGUUUGAGACCAGCCUGACCAACAUCAAGAAACCCUGUCUCUACUAAAAAUAUAAAAUUAGGCAUGGUGGUGGGCGCCUGUAAUCCUAGCUACUCGUGAGGCUGAGGCAGGAGAAUUGCUUGAACCUGGGAGUCAGAGGUUGCAGUGGGCUGCGAUUGUGCCACCGCACUCCAGCCUGGGCAACAAGAAUGAAACUCUGUCUCAAAAAAAAAAAAAGAAUAGCUCCAGGGAGAGGAGCCUGUUUUGUGGGAAAACAGUGGGAGAACUGAGGAGAAGAUGUGGAGGUCACUUAAGAAUCCAGGAGGAGAAAGAUUCCUGAGUUACAUAAAUACCAACCAAGCUAAGGGUGCUUCACAAGAGCAUAAGAGCAGCUCGGGGACUUUGCAUCAAUAUGGAUACCUGUGUACAACCAGGCAGCCUAGUGUGCUGGGUUGAGUCACAGCCUUAGAAUCUGUGGGAGUUUGAAACCAUACUCCCCAAAGCCUUUGACACUUUUUGAGAGGUGAGGUCUAGCUUGUCUCCUGUUGAAUAUGGGCUUUAUGAUGCUUGACGAAUAGAAGAUAGUAGAAAGGAUGCCAUGCUAGUUUGUGGGCCCAGAUUUUCAGGAAACUGACAGUUCCCAUUUCAUCUCUUCCUGUACCUGGGGUUACACUUGGAAUUCACUCACCAUUCUGUGAACAGCCCAGCAGCCAAAGGAAAAGGCUGUGUGUAGGUGUUCCUGCCAGCAGCCCUUGCUGAGGUCCCAGCCAACAUCCGAAUUGGCUGCCAGACUCAGUCCAGACAGGAGUCAGAUGAUUCCAACCUUCCCUGCUUUUCAGUUUUCCCAGCUGAGGUCCAAGCAUUAGGGAGCAGAGACAGGCCAUCUUUUCUGUGCACUUGCCAAAUUUCUGACCAUGGAGCCCAUGAGCAUAUUAAGAUGGUGGUUGUUUACACCACUCACUCUGGAGGGGUUUGUUAUGUCACCAUAGCAACUGGAACAGGGCCUUGGAGUCAAAAGACUCCAAAUGUUUGGACAUUUCAGUUUUUAAAGAUUUGUAAGUUAUAUAAACAUACACUAAUUAUUCUAUGUUAUACACAUUUAAAAUGUAACAGAUGAGUUGAUGAAAUGUUUUAAAAUAUUUUAUUGAUUAACAGUGCUAAAUACCUUUUGCUUUAAAAAAGAAAAGGUUUAGGGGCCGGGCGCGGUGGCUCAAGCCUAUAAUCCCAGCACUUUGGGAGGCCGAGGCGGGUGGAUCACGAGGUCAAGAGAUCGAGACCAUCCAGGUCAACAUGGUGAAACCCCGUCUCUACUAAAGAUACAAAAAAUUAGCUGGGCAUGGUGGCGCGUGCCUGUAAUCCCAGCUACUCAGGAGGCUGAGGCAGGAGAAUUGCCUGAACCCAGGAGGCGGAGGUUGCGGUGAGCCGAGAUUGUGCCAUUGCACUCCAGCCUGGGAAACGAGCGAAACCCCGCCUCAAAAAAAAAAAAAAAGAAAAGGUUUAGUGAGGGAAAAAUAUAUAUAUAUAUAAUAUAUAUAUUAUAUAUAUAUAUAUAUUUUUUUGAGACAGAGUUUUGCUCUUGUGCUCAGGCUGGAGUAUAACCGCACAAUCUUGGCUUACCACAACCUCCACUUCCUGGGUUCAAGUGAUUCUCCUGCCUCAGCAUUCCCCAAGUGUCUGGGAUUAUAGGGGUGCACCAUCACACCCAGCUUAUUUUGCAUUUUCAGUAGAGACACAGUUUCUCCAUGUUGGUUAGGCUAGUCUUGAACUCCCAACCUCAGGUGAUCCAUCUGCCUCAGCCUCCCAAAGUGCUGGAAUUACAGGUAUGAGGCACUGUGCCAGACCGAGAAACAUUUUUUUAAAUCAUGGCUCAACAUUUUCUGAAGUUCUAGUUGAAAGUUCAGUUUAUUCUGAUACUUAAUGACCUUCAUAACUGCCAGGAGUACCUCUCAAAAACAGGCAAAUCCAAGGGGAUUAGGUGCCUUUGCAGUUACUUUUUUAACAGAUCCAAACCUGCUGAAAACCUUCAUCUGCAAGACAUGAACAGGUCAGAGAAUGAUUUCCCAGCACAGAAAAUAGCGUUCUCAUGAGGACACGCAUUGUCUGGGAGCACAAAACCUGAAGUGCAUGAGCUGCAGUGCUUGGUGAUGGGCUGGAGGUGAUGGGCAGAGAGGUUUGCCUCUCUUCCCUCAGGAUACUGAUCGUAUUCCAGGGGAAUCACGACAUUAGGAUCCUAAGAAGGGCACCAAUGCCACUUACAGUGUUUCUGCCUACACUUGAUGCGAUACUGUAUUUUGUCUUAAAAGGUUAGACUUUAUUUCUCCUAUACAACGACAGUGGAUAUUUUUUGUGCACACCCCCACCCUGACAGGCUCAGCUGUGAAGAGUUCGUGCCAGUGAGCCCCCUGCCGGCUGGGACAGCCCAGGGCUCAGGCUUCUCAGCAGCACCUCCCACUGGCCGGGCCCAGGGCAAGUUGGACAGAGCUGAGACCAGCUCAGGCCACAGGCAGGGAGGCCUCUGCCUGGCCUGAUAAGCAGUGCAGAGCAGUGCUUUUCAGAGUCUGGCACUGCUGGGCAUUGUCUGUUAAUGUUGAAUAAUUGUUUUAAGAUUAUUUUCAAUAAGGCCUUGCCGUUUUUAACUUGCGCUGUGGCCAUGAGCUCUGCCAGAAGUGACUUGUUGGUGUUACCUCCUGAGUUAUAAAAGUUUGUUUGUUUGUUUGUUUGUUUCAGAUUACUGAGAGUCUUCAGUUACUAGGUAAGUUACCCCAUCCUUGUAACUCCAGGUGACACUGACUGGGCUUUAUGGGAUCAGAGGAAUGUGAGGCCAGGUGCAGUGGCUGGCUCAUACCUGUAAUCCCAGUACUUUGGGAGGCUGAGGCAGGCGGAUCACGAGGUCAGAAGAUCAAGAUUAUCCUGGCCAACAUGGUAAAAUUCCGUCUCUACUAAAAAUACAAAAAUUAGCUGAGCGUGGUGGUGCAUGCCUGUAGUCCAGCUACUUGGGAGGGUGAGGCAGGAGAAUUGCUUGAACCUGAGAGGCGGAGGUUACAGUGAACCGAGAUUGCGCCACUGUAUUCCAGCCUCGAUAACAGAGUGAGACUCUGUCUCAAAACAAACAAACAAACAAAGGAAUGUGUGCUUGGAUGAUGGGGUGUGGUGGCGAAGGAGCAAAAGGUUUCUUCUCACACAUAGACAUCAUGAGGUUUUCCUUGAGGUCUUUAGAGCCUUCUCUUGUGAUGGGAUGAAAUUCUGAGAUCCUAGAAAGGAUUUACGAAACAAGUUAUCAGUGCAGAUUCACCAAUUCACCCCUAGGUGUGUGUGGGAUUUGGAUGGAAGGGAGAAACAGGCACUGAAGAUUUGUGGUCAGGACAGGGCAGAGAAAUAAUGAAAAGAGUUGAAAACUCACCAAAGGAUCAAUAAACCCAGGGCAUUUAGAGAAGACUCGUAGUGUGCAAAGGAGCCCGGAACCCUGGGGAAACUUGGAGGAAAAUAUACUUAAUUUGAUUCAGUAAGGUAGACCCAGUGAAGGGAUUGGGUGGUGCAGGUGGAGUAGCCUCUGUCCCUGAGGUCACAUCAAACUUAGCGAGGCAGCUUCACCUGGUGAGAGACAUGGCUUCAGCUCCUGGCUUCUGCUGCUGUUUGCUGACACGAUCUUGUAGUUCAAUUUUAAUUUUUUAAACAAGGUGUGGGAGAAGGCAGCCUAGUACAAUGCUGAAUAUUAUGGGUUCUGGAGUGAAAAUUUUUGUCAGGGUUUAAAUUUUGGCUUCACUGUCUAGCCUUUUCACCCCAGGCAACUUAUUUCCCACAUAAAGUGAGUGCUAAGUAUGGAGCUGAUGUACAUGCAUCACUGAGAAUGGGUUUAGCACAUAGUAUACAAUGAGACGCCACCUUACAUUAGCUGUAUUACUUCAUAAAGGAUAAGCUAUAAUUAAAGUUACAGAGGAAGAAAAGUGGCCCUUUUCCCAACAUUUAAAACAUACAUGUAAAAAUAAAUGCAGCAGUUACAAGUCUUACUCUACAACCUCAGAUGAGCAGAAAUAUAACUUUAUUUUACUUCUAUAAUUUCAAGCUCUUUUUCUGCCCAUGUGAGAAAAUUUAACUCCUGAGUCUUCUGGCUUCCUUCCUUUUCCCUAAGGUUGUGUCAAGUCCAAAGCAUUGAGGGGAGGGAGGAGGCCUCUAGUCCUCUAUCAAAAAUAUUUUGGAUUUUUGUAGCCAUUUAUCUUUCUCUGUGGUGAGACUAGGCCCUCCAGGACCCUGUGUUUUGGCCCCGCCAUCCGAAUCAGCUGCCUGGGUUCCUGUCUGCAGUGGGCCGCAUGGGCCUACAGAAGAACAGAGGCUGCUCAGGGCUGAGCUGUUUGCUGCCCAGAACCAAGGCUAGGAUGAGGAGCUCAGACUCUUCCAGUGGAAGCAGUGCUAGGACUGAGACAGCCGCCCCUGAAGAGGGGACAUUGACGUCAGUUGAUCUGCCUGGGAAGGUGUUGUAGAGAUGAACUUGUGUCAUCGAAUCUUCCAUACAAGCCAUAAAGAAAGCUAAUCCUGAUGUCCUGGUGAGAAGGGACCAGACUCAAGGAAUGUUUCAUGUAACAGGAUGGUCACAGCCUGCACUGGGGCAUGAGCCAGGCCAGGCCUAAGUGCUGCCCCUGCACUCACUGACCUCAUCCUCUUAAUUACUCUGUGGAACAGACACUGUUGCCCCAGUUUGAAUCCUGCUGCUUUGGGAAGUUGCUCUUAACAGAGCUAUGAAACUGUGAUGCUAUUUCAAACCUAUGAGGGCCUAAUUCCACAGACUGACCACAGGGGCUGUUUCACAUGACAGCAGGACUUGGCCUGGGGUUGCAGAGAUUCACCAAGGAACAUCCAGCAGGAGAUGGCCAUUGUGAAACCUGUCUCAUCUUGCCUCCUGGCUGAAAGUGGGAUGCAGGGCUUAGAUUGCCAAGCUUGGGAAUUACUUGCUGCUCUGCAGUUCACAUUCUGGAGAAUGUUCAGGAAUAUUCAGAAAGUUCUGAGAAUCAGGGCCCUCACGUAUAUCAGAACACAAAAGCAUUCUAGUUAGGACCUCGUGAUACUGAAGCUAGAAUAAGCAACCCAAUGGAUAGACUAUGAAAGAGAAUUCAGAUAUAGACGUAUGUUUAAGAAUUUAUGAUCAAGGUGGCAUUUUCAAACAGUAGGGAAGGAGCCCAACAGCAAAUGGUCUAGGGAUUCCUGGCCCUCCACCCAAGAUGCUACACAGCCUUUUAACACCACCUCCAAAGUAAAGUUCAUGGACUAAGAAACUAUAGAGUUAUGCAUAAAAACAAAGCCAUAAAAAUAUUUUCAUAAUCUUAGCCUUCCUAAGCAAUAAACAAAAACCAGAAAUGAUAAUGUUAAAGAUCAAGCCUCAUGAAAAUUCAGAUAGGGAAGGGAAUGGAAGGACCUGGCCACAGGAGAACUUGGUGUUCUAUGUUGUUUGAAUCUCACACAAUGAGAGCUUAGGGGAUAAUGUGAUUUAAAACAUUGAAAAAUAUAUUGAAAAUGGUGGGUAGUCAGCUUUGUACUAUGGCUUUUAAAUCCCUCAGUAAGUUCUGGGCUCCCCUUAUUGGGUGAAUAAAAGCGAUGCUUCCUCCAGCGCUCAGUGUCUGCCUGUGAAAAUGCCCCAGGGUUGCUGAGAACCCAGUUGGGAGGCCACCUGCAAUCCUGUGAUGAUUAUUCCAGAAGGAAGUGGGUACUCUGAGGCAGCUUCCUGGAGGUGGUGGGAUUUUAUAUCUUUCUUCCAAAGUAGGAUUUCAGCAGGUGAUGUAGGGAAGUUUAAAGUUUUUCCCUGAAGGUUUGAUAAUCUGAGUCUAUGAAACAAAAGUAAAACACACAUUAACAGGAUAAAACUGGCUUAAAAAUUUUUAUUACAUGCACAAGAGUCAAAAUAUAUAAAAAAAGAAAUAGCCAGAUGGGUGACACUUUUAUAACUAUCUUGAAAUUAUAGAAAUAAUGGGAGCCCAGAGCACAGUAAGACAGGUUAAGGGAAAGGGAGAGGAGAGACUUGGCUAGCAAAGGUCUUGUUCUGCAGGUGACAUCUCACAGCUGGUGCUCUGUGGAGCCUGUGGUAAGCAAGUAUUUCAGACCCUUAAAGGGGUCCGCCUCUCAGUUUGUCUUUUCUAGAUCCAGACACAGGGACUGCAGAGGAAGGCUGUGUGCAUCCACUGUCUACCCCAUGGUCUCCUCUGAAGAGGCGGAUCUCCCCAACUGAAGACCACAUAGCAGGCCCACAGCUGCCUAAGAUCCCCUGAACAGCCAUCCCAAAAUAUGGCAAAGAAGCCUAUUCUGAGGUUAAAUAUUAUGGUUUCUUUCAGUGGGAGGCAAGGGUCUUCUGGACUCAGGAGGUGGAUGUGCAUUAGCUUCACAUGUCCUAGGUGCUCUGCAGCUAUGCUGGCCAGGCCACCCUGAGGUGAGUCUGCUCUGCACCAGUCUCACACCUUGCCUGGGGGACGGUAGUGGAGAAAGCAGUAAAAGCAGGUGUGAGGCAGGUGUGCAGAUCAGUACAAGGGGCCUGGGCGAUGGGCAAAAGGUGGCGAGAAUGCUGGGAGCCAUGGGUGACUGCGGGCAUAGGCACCAUGAGGGCCACUAUGGGCUGCAGGAUGUGGAUGAGGGGACACAGUUUGCCCCAGAGACCAAAUUGGUUUGUGGCAACACCACAGAAUUUUUAUUUUGUAUUUUUAAAUUUUUUAAUUAUUUUUGAGAUAGGGUCUUACUCUUGCCCACACUCAAGUGUAGUGGUGUGAUCUUGGCUCACUGCAACCUCGGCCUCCCAGGCUCAAGUGAUUCUUCCACCUCAGCCUCCCAGGUAACUGGGACUACAGGCGAAAGCUACCACACCAACUAGUGUUUUUUUUUUGUAGAGGCAGGGUUUCACUAUGUUGCCCAGGCUGGUCUCAAACUCCUGGGCUCAAGUGAUCCACCCCCCUCAGCCUCCUGAAGUGCUGGGAUUACAGUUGUGAGCCACCAGCACCACAAGAUUAAGCAGACAUGAUCAAGCCAGGGCCCAGAGAGGUGACUUAGGGCAGGGCUGACUUUUCAGUCCUUACCACCUUCCUUAGGGAAGCCAGGCACCCUUCACAGCUGUGUUCUCACCCACCUGUGCCAUCUUGCCUUGUCACACUGUGGACAAGAUCAACCUCAAGACAGUACCCUGGACUCUCACUGGACCCUGGAUUCAGGCUUACAGCACACAAACCAAACUGAUCCCUAGAAAGGGUCACCUGUCACUGCCUAGCAGCAUUCUGGUCAGUUUGCAACCUCAAAGUGACAUAAGCAGGGAAGCAAUUCAGAGCAACGUUUAUUUAUUUAUCGAGACAGGUUCUCUGUCACCCAGGCUGGAGUUCAGUAGUGCAAUCAUGGUUCACUGCAAACUCCACCUCCUGGGCUUAAGCGCUCCUCCCACCUCAGCCUUCCAAAUAGUUGAGACUACAAGCACCAGCCACCAUGACUGACUAAUUUUUUUUUUUAAGAGAUGGGGUCUCAUCACAUUGCCCAGGCUGGUCUUGAACUCCCAGACUCAAGCAAUCUGUCCAUCUAGGCCUCCUCAAGUGCUGGCCUCUCAUUCCCUGUCUGUGUACACCUCACGGCAAGGGCCAGCUUGUUUCCUCCUGGUCACUUCCAAAUCUUGCUUUUUUUUUUUUUUUGAACCAACUCUCAGCUGAAAUCUUGCUGCUUUUUAACUCACAGGUACGCAAUGUGAGAUAGGAGGGAAGGGAAGGCAGGGGACAUCAGCUCUGGGUGUCAUGGACUGUGAGUCAAGGAAGGGAAUGGCCUGUCUGACUUGGGUUCGAAAGGGUCCCACUGGCCAUUGCAGUUUGAAACCAGCCAGGCCAAUUCUGCAUUGUUCCUGGCUCUUCUAGGCAUGAGAAGAUUAGGCCCAGAGUCAGAAGGGGGCGGGGGUGAGGUGGGAAGAACUGGUCCUUUAGUGAGGGUGGGAGGCCAACAGGAUUUCCUGGCAUGUUGGAGGUGAAGGAAGAGGCACAGGUGACUGUGCUUUGGGCCACAGCAACCAGAAGCCAGUUGCCAUUGCCUUUGAUGAGAGAGAGUGUGUGGGGCAUAGCCCAGAGUGGGGUGUGUUUAGGGUAGAUCAGGAGGUAUAAGUGGGCAAGCCAGCCUGAGGGUUGUGGGGAAGGCCUGGGCUGCAGGUGUAAGUGUGGGACCCACAUCAGGUUGGUGGUGGGUCACGCACACUGGGCUGGCUCUCAGGUCCUUCCUUCUAGCUUCCCACUCCCAGGGGCUUUCUCCUUCCAGAUUCUCAAGCUGGGUGAGGGGCGGGACAGAGCCCUUUCGUAGGGAAGCCGGGCACCCCUCACUGUCUAGGAAAGGGGAGUCCUUCUAACUUCUGGCAGCUUGUCUGCCCCUCCCAUGGCCUCCCCAGGCCUAGCCUGGGCUGGGUUCUCACCCACCUGUGCCACCUUGCCUUGUCACCCAGAAGCACAGCCUAGGAGACCAAGCGGGCCCUCACUGUCCCUUUAAGAAGGGAAUCAGCCACCUUGUGUUCACCACCUCUGUGGAAGGUGUGAGAGGAGAGAAGGAAGUGGCUGUUUGGCUGCUGACAACAUGAAGACUUCCUGUGAUGAGAACAGAGGCCCAGGUGCCCUGCAGCCCCCAGAACCUGGACUGGAAGGAGCCAUGGGGCGCCAGACCCUGGCCCUGCCCUGGGUGCUGCUGACCCUAUGUGUCACUGAGGGGACCCCGGAGGUGUGGGUACAAGUUCAGAUGGAGGCCACUGAGCUCUCAUCCUUCAUUGUCCAUUGUGGGUUCCUGGGAUCUGGCUCCAUCUCCCUGGUGACUGUGAGCUGGGGGGGGCCCGAUGGUGCCGGGGGGACCAGGCUGGCUGUGUUGCACCCAGAACUUGGCACUCGGCAGUGGGCUCCUGCCCACCAGGCCCGCUGGGAAACCCAGAGCAGCAUCUCUCUAGUCUUGGAAGAGCCUGGGGCUAGCAGCCCCUCUGCCAACACCACCUUCUGCUGCAAGUUUGCGUCCUUCCCCGAAGGCUCCUGGGAGGCCUGUGGGAGCCUCCCACCCAGCUCAGACCCAGGGCUCUCUGCCCCUAUUCUGCGGGCAGACCUGGCUGGAAUCUUGGGGGUCUCAGGAGUCCUCCUCUUUGGCUGUGGCUACCUUCUUCACCUGCUGUGCCGACAGAAGCACUGGCCUGUCCCUAGGUUCCAGCCGCCACACACCAGCCCCCAGGCAUGGAGAUCACGAGCAUGGGCACCCAGCCAGGCCUCCCAGGAUGCUCUCCAUGUCCCUUGCACCACUAUAAACACCAGCUUCUGCCCAGCUACUUUGGACACAGCUCACCCCCAUGGGGGACCAUCCUGGUGGGGAUCAAUCCCCACCCACACUGCACACCGGUCCCAGGCCCCUGCAGCCUGGGCCUCCACAGCCUUCCCUGCAUGUGGCAGCUUUGUCUCCGUUGAGAAUGGACUCUAUGCUCAGGCAGGGGAGAGGCCGCCCCACACAUGUCCUGGCCUCACUCUCUUCCCUGACACUCGGGGGCCCAGGGCCAUGGAGGGAGGCUUAGGAGUUCUAUGAGAGAGACCAUGAGGCUGCUGGGCUUUCCCCCUCUCAGGCCUCCUGGGUGGCACCCCCUUACUUUAUUCUUGGUCCUCCAAUAAGUGUCCCACAGGUGCCUGGCCAGGCCUACCUGCUGCGGAUGUGGUCUGUGUGCACGUGUGGGGGUAUGGGCACAGGCAUGUGUGUGAGUGACAGAACCCCAUUCCAGUUGUUUCCUGCUGUGACACUUCCCCAACCCCUGUAACUAAGACAGAAAAACAGUUCCUCUGAUGU